AUGUGGAACAAAUGGACCGCAUCUAUCUCAGGUUUACCAAGUGUGAAUGUACCCGGUAUAGAUAGCCUUGUUCAGUGCAUUUUAACUCCUCGACAUGCGAGCGAACCAAGAUUACAUCUUAAUGCGUGGAUACUGCCAAAGAUUACUGGUGAUAUGCCUCAUGGACCAUUGAUUCCCGACAUUCAAAAUAAAUAUUCUCAUUUAGCACUUCCAGAUCUUGGGUUUUACCAGCCGGGUCCAGUAGAUGUACUACUCGGAGCAGAUUUAUUUUCUGACGUUAUGGACGGUAAACGUAUAAUGGUUAGCAAAACGUUGCCAAUGGCAUUUGGUUCUGUGUUCGAUUGGGUUUUAAUAGGAGGAGUGAAGAGUACGAGUACAUCCUAUCGCCCGCAUUGUUCAAUGCUCUCUUCAUUACACGUUUCUUUGGAAGAAUUAUUGGAAAAGUUUUGGACUCUAGAAGAACCUACCGCGAGUAAAGUUGAGGACACAGAAGAUGGUAAAUGUGAAGUCGAAUUCAAGAAGAAUUGUACUCACACAGUGUAUGGCAGGUACAAAGUGGCAUUCCGACAAGAAAACAAUGAAGAAGUGUUACAAGGAAGUCGUCAGUUAGCAGUGCGCCGUCUUCAAAAUGUUGAACGAAAAUUGCAAGCUAAUCCACUAUUAUAUGAUACAUAUCGCCAAUUUAUGUUGGAAUAUGAAACCUUAUGGCAUAUGUCAUUAACGGAUAGCCAUGGAUGUUAUGAUAUCCUACAUCACGCGGUCGUCAAGUUCUCAAUGAAGUCUGAUGACAACAUUUCUCUGCGGGUAGUUUUUGACGCAUCAGCAAAAACUCUAUUCUGGACAGUCACUGAAUGA